AUGGCCAAUUUUCCAGCUCCGAGCAUAUCACUUCCUCUUGAGGUUCAAGCAGUGAUUGCUCUGUCGGUUCACAACAAUCUGACAGCUGGCGAAUGGGGCAUCUUGUUCCAGCAUGCCGAUCUCUUUGGUCCUCCUAUCAACCCAAUUCGUAUCCCUCCACACACGGCGGGCCUGUGGAGGGUUGAUAAUCCAAGAAACUUUGACAGAAACGAGUGGAUUCACGGUUCAGUUAGCAUCCAAGCAAACAUGGGAGAUGAUGAUCUUGGUCUUUUCUUCCACCGCAGAAGAGCUGAAGGCGCCAACCAGUAUGAGCUAGAGGAUGGAAAUGUUGUCACCCUAAGGAGACACACUGUGAGGAACCAUCAGCAGAUCUUUGAGUCCACUGUUACUUUUGCACACUACUAUUGGGUACCCUUGUAG